AUCUUAAGAACCCCAAACUUCCCAAAUCUCAUCCAACUUUCGAAACAGAACACAAAAUUCAGGAACGUAGAGAGAAAAAAAUGGACCGAACAAAGACUGCAAAGGUAUCUCUGUUUGCUGUUUGGACAAUCCUCCUUGUCUUAAAUGUGAACGGCCAAUCAGGUUGUGAUACCCACAGCUUCGCCAAUAACAUCGCUUUCACCUCUUGCUCUCCCCUCCCGGCCCUUGGCUCAUUCCUUCACUGGAACUUCAACGAACAAAACAGCACCGUUUCAAUCGCUUUUCGCCACCCAGGAACUUCCUCUUCUUCAUGGAUUGCUUGGGGGCUUAACCCAAGUGGGCCUCAGAUGUCCGGGACACAAGCUCUUGUCGCCUUCACCAAUUCUAGUGGACAGUUCCAAGCCUACACCUCUUCGGUCGAUGGGUACGGCACCCAGCUAACACGUGGAGACCUUAGUUUUGGGGUCAGCCUCGUUUCCACGACUCUCGUCAACGGAGAGGCUACCAUCUUUGCGACUCUUGAGUUACCGGCCAAUUUGGUCAUGACCAACCAGGUUUGGCAAGAAGGUCCGGUCGCUAAUGGUAUUCCUCAGGUUCAUCAAAGAACAGGAGAUAAUAUGAGAUCGAUAGGUAGGAUCGAUUUCAGGACAGGUCAAUCAUCGGCUAGUGGAGGAGGUUCUGGUAGCAGGCUGAGGAGGAGAAAUACACACGGGAUACUAAAUGCGGUAAGCUGGGGAGUGCUACUGCCAAUGGGAGCAAUGAUGGCUCGGUACAUGAAAGUUUUCACCGCCCCAACAUGGUUCUACCUCCACAUCGUGUUCCAAGUCUCCGGCUAUGCCAUUGGUGUUGCCGGUUGGGCCACCGGAAUCAAGCUUGGCAACGAUUCACCAGGCACAUCAUACUCAACCCAUCGUAAUCUUGGGAUCGCACUUUUCACUUUCGCUACACUUCAAGUCUUUGCUCUUCUUCUAAGGCCUAAACCAGACCACAAGUAUCGAUUCUACUGGAAUGUGUAUCAUCACACAGUGGGAUACACAACAAUUAUCCUAUCCAUUAUUAACAUCUUUAAAGGAUUCGAUAUCUUGGAUCCAGAAGAUAAAUGGCGAUGGGCUUAUAUUGGAAUUCUCAUUUUUCUUGGUGCUUGCGUUGUGAUUCUUGAGCCACUUACUUGGUUUAUCGUUCUUCGCCGUAAGAACCGUGGAGGAAACACAGUUGCUGCACCGAUUUCAAACAAGUACUCUAAUGGCGUCAAUGGUACCACUAGCACCACUAGACAGCAUCACCAAGACGCCUAGUUUCACUUUUCUUUCUAUACUUGGUUCUAGUUCUAUGCAAUUUUGGAUUCUUUUUCCAGUUUGAUUAUCUUUUAGGCUUAUGUAUGUAUUAUGAUUUUAUUCAUUGUGUUAUAGGUGUUUUAAUUUACUGUGUCAUUAGUCAUUGAUAUGUGUGUUUUGUAGUUGUUCUAUGCUUCAUGUAUGCUUGCACUUGAAUAACGAUUUGAGAUUAUAGUA